AUAAAAAUCCAAUCUUUAAGAGGCGAGAGUUUCGUUUUGGGCUUCGCUUUUUUCUUGCCUUUCGUUUCAAUUCAAUCCUUUUUCUGGCAUACAUUAUUAAUGGCUGCUACUACAUAACACACAACCACGGAGAUCAUUCACGUCACGUGUUUUACUCUUUUUUCUUUUUCCUUUUCUUUCUUUUUUUUUUCUUUUGGUUUUGUAUUCCCCGUUUGAUUCCGCAUUAUCUGCUGAGGUUUCUGUUUGUUUUUAGGAAAGAUUCUCGGUGGUUACGUUUUCCCUGACGGUGGGCUGUGGAUGUAUACGGAGGGGCUUUCUUUUAGCCAAAACUCUCAUUUCAGUGCAUUCAAGGUUUUAGAGAGAGAGAGAGAGAGAGAGAAGGAGAAUGGAAGGAGGGAAAAAAUCGGGUUCUUCAUUCACUUAUGAUCUUUUUGGGGCAAAGGAUUCUUCUGCACCUGCUUCGUCUUCUGCCAUUUUUGGUUCAAUUUUUGCGCCACCUUCCAGGAACUCUGGAGGGGAAUCACUGCAUUUGUCGGAAACUGAGAAGAAGAAUGGCUCUGGAAGUCAAGACUGGAGCGGCAAGAACGCAGCUUCAGGUGACAAUAAUGUAGGUGGACAAGAGCAAAACCGGAGCACAACAAAGAAGGAAAUGAGUUCAUAUUUUCAAGAGGAAAAAGUGCAGCCAUUUCACUACAGUUCAUCGAUAUACUAUGGUGGUCAAGACGUCUAUGCUCAACCCCAGAGUACCCAGAACCCUUCAUCCACUACAUUCAAUAAAGAUGUGGGAGAAGAUGACUCGGGCAGUGCUUCGAGAGGGAACUGGUGGCAGGGAUCUCUUUACUACUAAGAGCUUACAAGGUAUGAGGCGUAUAUAGCGCAGCAGCAGGUUUAUCCUACUCUGUGGCAAGAAAAGUAUAUGUUAGUAGCAGUUAUAGUUAAAGACAGAUGGAUUUCGCUUAUUAUAUGUAAAGGCAGCUACUGAUGUUGUGCUUUCUGCUUUCUCUCUUAAUGUAAAGUAUAACGAACUCGGUGCUUUUUGACUGUGGAAUGCAUAUGGUGCUUGGUCUA